CAAAAUUGUGUGUACUAGAAGACUAAAUUCGUUUUCUUUCUAUUUUUCAUCAAAAAUCAAAUUCUUGGCCUCAGUUUAACUAAUCGAAAAUGUCGAAUAUAAUACGCAAAAUUCUAAAACAGACCAAAGAUUUGACCAACUGGAAAUUUUUGAUCAAAAACAACUUUAAUUUGGCCAAUGUAAUGGGCAACAGUGUGGAUCUAAAGCUGGAGGAGCUGCGCUUGGAGCGCAACGAGCUGGAGGCACGCUCCAAGGCGCUAAUGCAGCGACAGCGUUGCGUAGAGUCUAUGUUAACAGAUAUGACGAGGAGUAUUAAGCAAAUGGAAUUCGACAUCGAUGUGAUGCAGAUGCAGAAGCCGGCAGAAAUCACGCCCCAGGAGCAGGCGAGCACAGAACCAGCUCAGCCAGUGAAACGUGAGCAAAAAAUAUAGAGAGCCCCAGAAAGCGA